CCGCGAGCAGCAGCAACGCAGAGGAUGGCAGGCGACCACCUCGUCAAGCACGAACACGAGACGAUGGUCCGUGACGUCCUGGAGGAGCUCGUCUUCCUCGAGUUCCUCUGCGACUGGCGCCGCCUCGAGAUUGUCGUCGCCAAGGCCGACCUCGUUCAGCUCCUCAACGUCUACGAGGCCUCGGCGCGCUGCUCGCCACAAUUCGAGGCUUGGUGGCAUCAUCUGCGUGACAAGAGCGAUGGGCGCAGCCACGUGGCGAACCGGCUCAAGGCCAUGGGCAUCCUGCAAGGCCAUGGCGAUGCGCGGAACCCGUACAUUUGGCACCGCCGGGCGCUUCAGAAGGCGACGCGUGCGCAAGCCCAGCUCUCUGACACCAAAGGCUUCACCAAGGCGCUCCGGGUCGGGCUUUCGUACGCCGAUGCCUUUCAGUUGGACGUCCACAAGUGGACUUGCGUCGCGAUCCACGUGCUGCGGAUGCAGCCAGCGUGGAUGACGACCAACCUCUUUGGCCAGGCCAAGACAAUGGUGUCCCAGAACGUCGACCCGAAAGCGUAUGCCAGCGCGAUCGUCGAGGCCAUGAAGCUCGACCCGCGCAUGGUCUACUCCCUCGACAAGAAGGGCCGGGGCGUCUUUGCGAGAGCCCACAGCGCGUAUGACGCCAGCAUGACGCUCUCGCUCGAUUCGGCGGUGCCAAAGUUUACGGCCAUGGCGCUGGCGACGCUGCAGCACGUAUCGCGGUUUCCUGUUGCGACGAUCCUCGCCGAGGGCCGGCGCCGGCGCGGGUUUCCUUGCCUCCGCUACAAGGCCAAGAAGGCCACCAAGUCGCAAGAGGACAUCGACGACGACGCCUUCGCGCAGAGUGUCGUUGACGCCAUGCGCCGGGAUCCGAAAAUUGCGUUCGUUCAGGGCCAAGAUCCGAGUGCCAGCUACUUUGCACUGCCAACGGAAGCGCCCCGAGCGCCCCCUGUGCCGGCUGCUGUCCCCGUGCGUGCCGAUGACGCGCUGCGCCGCAUGACGACGAUGGUGUUGACGCACCUGGAACGCCACGCGUUUUUCCCGCUGCAGCGCCUACGAGACGAGACGCAGCAGAUGCGUGCGCCGGGCUGGACCCCCGACGGGCUCUACGCCCACCUCGUCAAGCGUCUCUGCAGUGACGACCGGCUGCACCUGGACGGCGACCGCUUUGUGCGCGCUGUCAAGCUCGACGUUGUGAGUGCUGCAACACACCUCUUGGCGGACGUUCUGGACAAGCUGCGAACGCAGCCGACAGUCUCGUACGCGUACAUUGCGGCGCAAGCUGCGAAACUGCAGCCAGAAGGCCUCGUGACGCUCGACGAGUACGUUGGCGGCAUCAUCGAUCGCCUGCGCGCCGACGACCGCGUUCUGUACGGUGCGGACGCGCUUGGACGCGGCAACUUUUGCCUUGUCAGCAACCCCCACCACCAGCUCUUGCCAUUUACCGACGGCGAUGCUGCCUUCCUCGCCAAGGCCGAGCGCGUGGCGCCAACACGCGUGCCACGCGCCGUUGUCAUCAACUGUCUUGGCAUGGCACUCGAUCGCUUAAACGAUCAACAGCGGGCACCGGGAGAUACACUGGACGUGCGAGAGAUUCUGGACUUGGCACGGCUGGACCCACACGCUGGCGACGUCGAUGGCCUCGUUUACGCCAUGUUAGAGGAGGACCCACGACUGCGCUUCGUGCCCGACGGCAUGAGCCAGCACGCGAUCGAUGGCAAGUUUGCACUGGCUCAACCAAAGAAGCGCAAGCGCUCCCGUCGAAGCGAGGUUGCCUCAAGGAUCGACUGGUACACGCCCCACGCAAUUGCAUGGCCAGGCGACGACGACAACAGCAGCAAGGAGCGCGCCGUGGCCACCCCCGAAGUCGGCAUACAGAAUCAGCGAGUGCGGCGUCUCGCGACUGGGGACACGGCCGAGGACGCGGCGAGCGGUGCUACGUCCACGCCGGUGCAGAUUCCUCUGCGCAUUCUUCGCUUUGCGUAGUUGUUGCUUAUUUAGUUGUCUUCAAUAACAUAAUUUAUUGUCAUGGAUGGUCGGUGUGCA